AUGGAGUCAUCUUCAAGCCACCUUCUGGCCGCCCUCGCCCUUCUGGCCGCAUGCCUAUCGCCCGCCCACUCCCAGUACUUAACGCAGGAUGACAUUCCCAGCGACCCCGCCGACAAGGCUACCGUGGUUGGGCGCUGGUUCGUGGCGCCGCACGACGGUUUCCAGGGCUUGAAGACUAUCAACCCAUUCCUUACAGACGAAGACCUGAGGUACACAAAGCGUGGCGACGACUGCGAUGACCGCAAGAAAAGCGAGGUGUGUGCGGAGCUUCCAUCCUGGUUCUCGGGCCUGGGCUUGUCGCAGCCCACCGCCGCCGACGGCAUACGUUUCAUCGGCAUCACCGACGGCGGGCCGGCCAAUGGGUGCAAAGAACCUGAUGGGACGCCAGACGAGGUGUCCCACAAAGACUUCGUGGUGCCCGCGUUCGCCCCGGUGGUGUCCGAGUUCCGGAUCAACUUGGAGGCGGGUGCCUUGCUGCUGGACAAUCACUGCUUUCUGAAGGGGGCGGACGGCGCGCCGCUCACCGGCCUGCCCAACACCGACCGGGACGACGUGCCGUUCAGCGGCGGCGACUGCGAGGACCAACUAGACAGAUCUAUCGACGGCAUCGACCCUGAGGACGUGCAGAAGAUUCCCGGUACGGACCUGUGCCUUGGCGGGGAUGAAUACAGCCCGUCCAUGUUCAUCUUCAACUGCAACUUUGGGUCGGAGGAUUGCGGAACGGUUUUGACGCGCUACAUACCGGAGGGGCUGGAGCUUCCGGGGGCGGCAUACGAGGUGCGACCCAUCCUUCCCGGCGCAUUCCUCAAUCGGCGAAAGGGUCGCGGAUUUGAAAGCGCCGCCAUCUCGCCGGACGGAAAGGCUGCGAUUCUUCUCCUCCAGAGCGCCAUGGGCAGCGACGAGGACGAUUCUCCCUUCGCGCUCUCCCACACCAUGCACGCCGUCAAGCUCAACAUCUCGGACCCAGCGGACGCCAGGGUGCUAGGGCACUUCCUGUACAUUGGCGAGAACGUGGAGAAUUGGUUCGACUCGGACGAGCCCAAGGACACCAAACUGAGCUCGGCGACAUGGGUGUCCGAGUUCGCCGGCACGGAUAACGACGUGCUGGUGGUCAUGGAGAGGAGGAAGGACCAGGUAACACCCUUGUAG